AAGGAAUGGCUGUGUUUGAACUGCCAGACUCAAAGAGCCUUGUCUGGAGCGCUGGGAGGUUCUGGAAUAAUGCUUCAACCUACACAUGCGGCUGCCAAGCCAGAGACCCAGACUAUACCCACAGCCAAUAUGACAGAGCCCAAAAUUGCACCCAUAAAAGUAGAGCCAACAACUUCAGCCACAAAACAACCUGUUCCCAUUCCAACCAAGACAGUAGAAAUGCCACCAAGUACCAAAGCAAAAGCAGAACCAGAAACAGACAAGAUGGAAACUGCUGAGUCCAUAUCUUCCAAACAAAGAGAACCUGAAACAACACCUACAUCCAUCUCAGUAAAAAUUCCACCUUCUGCUGCAGAAAAUCUACCUUGUACAUCUGCACUAGAACCUUUAAUACUAGAAGAUGAAAUGCAAAACACCAAAUUACUUGGAAUGACAAAUGUAAAAAGCAAAGAUGAGAUAGUGGUGAUAGAUAAUGCAACAGUAAUCUCCAAAUUGCAAGAGCCAAAAACUGAAAGUGAUGCACAAACACGGACAUCUCCCAUUCCAAGGUCUGGGGAUAAAAGUGUCCCCAUAGCCCCUAGUGCUUCAAAGGUUGCAGUGUCAGAAGUUGAUCCAGAGAAAGAAAGAAAGCCAAAGCCCCCUGUUCCAGAGAGUAUUGUUGCAGAGGUUCAAGCUUCUGAUCAAAUCAAACUAAAAGAACCAACACAUUCUUUGCAGCAAGUUCAACUGCCAUUGAAGUUACAAGAACAGCAACUGACAAAAGAAGCAGAACCAAUCAUGGCAGCUAAAAGCAAGGAUGUGGUUAAAACAGAAGAAAACAUUAACAACAUAAUCUCAACCCAAAAAUCACAACAAAUAUCUACAGAGGACAAACUUGAAGAUAAAGAUGUAAGAGAUGAAAAGUCAAUGAAUAAAAGAAAAAUAUCUCCAUCUAAUGAAGAAGUUAAAAUGGAAAAAAUGGAUAAUGCGGAAACAAAAAUCAAACUCAGUCUAAGGACAGAAGAGUCCGAUGAAGAUCAACCACAGAUUUUACCUGUAGUGCAGGAAGUGAUUGAAUGGCAUUCAGGAGAUGCAAGCAAAAAAUAUAUAAAUAUAGAUUCAACUAUGGCAGUAGAGGAAAAAAUUAAAUCAGAGAGAAGACGCCUGAGUGUACAAGCAAUGGAUGAGAGCAGUGAAAGUGACCUCACGCCAUCUUCCCCUCUUGUUAAAAAGAAAAUGCUGAAGGUUAUCACUGUUUCAUCCAGCAGUGAUGAUAUCAAAACAGAAAGUGCUGAUUCCUCUAUUGAAGAAGAUGAUUUCAUUCGCAAGCAGAUUUUAGGCAUGGGAGAUGAGAAGAAAAUGUCUGUAUCUGAAGAUGAGAAAGACAAUUAUAUGGCAAAUGUAGAAGAUCUCGAGAAGACUACCCUUGAUAAUGAUUCUAUACCAGACACAUUUCUAUCUCAAGAAGCUGAAACAGACAUUAAGGAUUCCACAACUAUUGAAAAUGUUCCAGAAACAAUACCCAUGACCACUUUCAAAAAAGCUAUUCCAGCCAUGAGGCAAAGGCAAAGCACAGACGAAGAAGUUGAGAGCAUUACAGAAUCUUUGUCAAAGGGUUCAACUAGUGUUCAGGCAUCUAGUAUAACUCCAGGAUCUUCACCAACAUCAGUCUCAUCUUUGGAGGAGGACAGUGAUAGCAGUCCCCAUCACAGGAAAGUCAGAGGGAACAAACAUCAUUUUAAAGGAAGACACAAACAAUCACCACAUCCUUUACCAACCAUUGAAAACUCUUCUGAUGAAGAAAAAAUGAAGACACAUAGUGAACUAACAUCUUCCUCUGAAAAUGCAUCCUCCACAGAAGACCUAAAACAAGUAACCGUAAUUGAUGAAAGUCAUAGAACAUCUGGCUCGGAGUACUCUGCCAGUGUAGAAUCAGAUCCAGAGGUUAGGGCAGCUGUACAGAGAGGACGUAAACCUUCAGCUACAGUCAUACCAUACACUCCAGCUGAUCAAUUUAAAGAAAAUGACACUAUACCAAAAUCACUAAAAAGUGCUGAGGAAGCAUAUGAAGAAAUUAUUCAGAAAACAAAAUCUAUUCCAGGAGAGAGUCCCCCAGAUAUUGAACCACUUUAUGGAGGAAUGGCAAUAGAAGAUUACCUUUAUGAGUCUUUAGUUGAAGACCCAGAAAUCAAACAAAGUGGAUUUCAAGAAGACGAACAAAUUGAUAGUGACUCUCAAUCUAUCAAAAAACUUAGGUCCCCAGAGGAGGUUUAUGAGGAGAUGAUGCAAAAAAAGAGGGAAUUAAUGAUGAUAGAGCAGGAAUUUCAACAGGCCCAAACAGCAAUGGAAUAUUCCUCACCAGGGGCUUUGGGCCACAUGCCUCCAUCAGAGGCUGAAACAUGUGUGGUGACCAUGUCUUCAGAAGAGGCACACAUUGCUGGACUAAGUGACACACCUCCCACUGGCAUGGACACAUUAAGUGAAUUCCCAGUAAAGAAAAAGAAACGUCCAGCACCUCCACGCCCUACUGAACCCCCUAAGCGCACUGUGGCAACUGUUGUUCCAGCUAUUCCAAGUGGAUCUAUAAGUUUUGUUAGACCUAUGGUUCCUCAGGAUCCUGCACUGAGAAAGGCAUUGUUCCCUAUACCAGACCUCAAGAUUACUCAGUGUUCAUCUGGUGAGGAAGAAGAUGACAGUCUUGCAGAUGAGUAUGCUAUAGGCAUUUCUUCUGACAUUACCCCUAGUGAUGACUCUGAUACUAAAGAUGACCCAUCCUUAAGUCCACCAUUGUCUGAAACCACUGAAAUGGAGCCUAUUUGUGUGGUUUGUGAAAUGCCUGAGCCAAAACCAAUUCCAACUCCAAUAUCAGCCCCAGAACUAACCACAACACCUUCUACAGUAUCACCAGUUUCAGUCCCAACUUCACCAGCAACACCAGAUUCCAGUUUGGCUUCUAAUGCAACAUCUUCUUCCUCAUUUCAGCCUCAAACACCUCUUUCAUCAGAUUCAACUCCACUGUCCACACCAACACCUCCAAUGUCAUUUAAAGACCAGGUGCCUUCAGAAUCUUCUGUACAGUUGUCUGACCCAAUGUCAGCAUUACAAUUCAGUGAAACUUUAUUCCCUUGUCCAGUUUCCACAACUGUUAUAGUUACUAUACCAGAUUUGGUAUCUGAUCCAUCCAAGUCUCAGACAACUGAGGAUAUUAAAAUUAAGUCUUCUACAGCUGAAGCCCCAAUUCUACCCCUAGUGGAAAAAUCAACUGCUAUAUGUGUUGAGGUCCAAAUGCCAGACUUAGUUUCAUCUCCUUCUCAGGUCCCCAAUAAAGUUACAGGUGUUUUACAAGUCUCAGCACCAAGUCCAGUUCCUGUUGCUGUCUCAUCUCAGCAUACUGCCCAAGUUACAACUAUACCUGUUAUGGUCACAACCCCAGUUUCAACCACAAAUGUUUCAUUCUCUGUCAGUCUGGUAUCAUCUCCUGAGCCAGUUAUAAUCCAGAUGCCUGACCUGGUUUCAACAACUGCACCAAUUGUUGCACAAACCCCCAAGCCAAUUUCAGCUCUAAUAACUACCCCAGCUCAACCCCAUGCUAAAGUAAUACACUCAAUUCCUGUACAGUCAGCAAUUCCAUUAAUGAAACCAGUAAUAGUCUCAGCACAAGCUCAGACAGAGCAGGGGCCUCCAUUAGCUUCAACGUCAACUACUGUAAUAAAAAAGAAGGUCCCACCACCCCCUCCUCCUCGAUCUACUUCUGUAUCACUGCCAGAGAUUCCCAAAGAGAUGCCGGUUGCAAAGACUGAUGAUGUGUCAACUAAAUCAGUUAUCAAAACCAAAAUGGCCUCCCAGCCAAUGCAAUCUGUAGUUGUGGAUAUACAGCCAAGAAUGGAAAUAAAUCAAUCAGAUAGUGCAUCUGUACCUCAAGUUGUGACCCAAGCCAGACAAGGACAUGUAGUCAUCAUUGUGCCAAGUGUGGAAAACAUACCUCCACUUGGGUCUAGACAAACUACACAUAUUGUAGAUAGCACAGGCUCCAAAGUUGAUGAUCAUGCAUAUAAUACUGCACAUUCAAUUUUGGAUAUACAAAAAACAAGUAUAACCUCACUGCCACCUAAGGUGUCAACUGUGCAAGUAGUUUCAAGUCCAUCUUUUUCACCUAAACCUCCAGAGGCAGCAAAUCUUGCCCAUUUUAUACCUAGUGCAGAUUCUUCUUCAUUACCUCCUUCUAUUUUACCUAAAGCAGCUGUUCAUGCAAAGUCCUCAGUUUCCAUUCCAGUCACAAAUGCUACAGUUACUGUUGCACCAGUUUCUGUAACACAUGGUCUUUACCAGGCCUUCAAGCCUCCACCACCCAUACCUCCUAAGCCCGUAUCAAUUCCAGCUGGACUGGUUUUCAGCCACAAGCCAGGAGAACAUGUCAAACCGCCCCCUCCUCCUGUGGCACCAAAAGCAGCAACACUGCCCAGGAUGAAGGAGCCUCCAAAAGCUCUGUCGCUUAGCCUGACACGUCCUGUGGAUUCUAAAUUUGGAACAACUUCUCCCAAGUCACCUUUGUCCCCCAGACAUAGCAAAAGCUUACAAACUUAUGUAGUAAUUACUCUUCCUUCUGAACCUGGAUCUCCAACAGAGACAGUAACAGUUCAGGCACCUAUUAGGCAAGGAUCAAUCCCAUCUUCAAAAGUGUCAAAGGCACAGACAACACAAGCUGAGCAGAAAACCCCAACUGAGCCUUUCUCAGUGCAAGCUACAGUUAGAAGAGCCUCUGUUCCAUCUGUAAAGCAUCCGCCUCCAAUUACUGUGGCUUCAACUUUAGCUGUUGAGUAUGUGACAACCUCUGAGGAAGUGGCUACAAAUAUACAACCCAGGAGAGACUCUUUUAUGUUUGCUGUCAAACCACCACUCCCUGUGGCUGAUGUGAUCACAGUCUCAUCAGAUCAAGGCACUCCCAUCCAAGCUCACUCUGUAGCUCCUUCAUUCAAGAAAUUACAUAUAGAGCAACAACAAUCAAUGUUUCAGCCAUCACCCGAAACAGUGUCACAAGUCAUCAAAAUGCCCCUGGAACAAAAAGCUUAUAUUCAGCCUCAUACAGACCAAACCAUAACAAAAGAACAAUCAAUGUCAUUUGUUCCUGAACAGCCAAGCAUAGUCCCAGAAGCUGAAUCAGUUCAUUCAACUAUUUUACCAGAAGUGUUUCCUCAAGCUUUAAAACCUAUUUCACCAUUGCAAAAAGAGCUUUUGACAGAAAUUGUAGUUGUACCACAGCAGCCUGAACUACUGUUAGAUGUGGUUGUUGUCCAAGGUAGACCAACUUCAGUACACUCAGCUGUUCUUCAACAAGAAGAUCCAUCACAAAUAGAAAUUGUACAGGAAGAACAGAAUAAACCUACUCAUGUCUUAGUCACAGACACAGUUCCAAAGAAAUCUUCAGAAUCAAAUCUUCAACCUUUGACGGAUCACAAAGUGACAACACAAAUUGGUCAAGAUACAAAAGUUAUGCCCAUAGUAAAAGAGGACAUUUCUACACAACAGGCAAUUUGUGUGCCUGAAGGAGUGACUUUCUCUACAAAAGCUGACUAUUUCACAGAACUCUUUACAGUUGAGACUGGUGUUAGAGUACCAGAAGUAGCCGUGGUUUCUCCAGUUCCUCAUCCUCCUACAAUAGUAGAUGAAAUUACACCAACACCUCAGCUGUCUCAGGUACUGCCUAUACCAAGAGUAGCUGAAAUGGCAACUCAUGCAACUACUGAAACAACACCAGCACUUCAUGUGAUGGAAGAUCAGCAAAUGGAAAAACACCCAGAUGUUACUUAUUUUCCCCAGGAAUAUUGGAUAAAUGCAUCUUCUGUGAUGUCAGCUCCAUCCCUGCCAUCCCUGGAAAUCAAAGCUUUGCAGCUUGAACAUGAAACACCUACUGAAUUUAUAACAAUGGAUUCAAACGAAGGAAGACAUCCAAUAUUUCCUUCAGAGUUACAUCACCAGACAACAACAGGAAUCUCAGUUACUACAACUGAUGACACCGAAUGUAGAAGAAGGACAUCAUCAUCUACAGAACAUCAACCAUACUCCAAAAGUGAUUUACUUACCUAUCCUGCAGAGUACGAAAUGCCUCUGCAAGAGGUUACAACUGAGGCCUGUGCUGCUUCCAGAAAAGAAUCAAUAACUAUAACACAACCAUUAUCAUUUGCACAAAUACUAAAAAUGCCAGCAGAAAAAGAUGUCCCCACAAAUGACUAUGUAGCUCAAGUCUCAUAUGAGAGUAAAUAUAUCCCAUCAACAGAACAACAACCUCAUAUAUCAUCUUAUUCAUCUGAAUAUGACUAUCCAGUUGAAAUAUUAACCACUGAGGAAUACAGAAGGAGGACUUCAAUGUCAUCUGCAAAGGAUAAUACACAGGGUGUAUCUAUAGCACCAGUGACUUUCACUAAAAUUCAGCAAGAGUCAAUUGAGAGUCAAGAAGUUAGAGGAACAGAAAAGGUGGUUUCUAGUAUGAGUCACAUGUAUUCUUCAAUUUCCACCUCAGGUCAGACUCCUGAAAGUCUCUCUAGCCUAGUUACUCAGGUAGUCACCACUGAAGUCCAAAGGACAACUGUUUCUGUUGUCCAUGAAAGACUUCCUCAGGUCCAUCCACAAAGUGUAGCUAUCACUAUACAACCAGACAUAGCAAAAGUCCAACCUUUACCUAAAGAAAAUGUGACUCUAGUGGACGUCAAAGUACUACAGUGCAACCUGAAAUAG